UUACAGCAAAAACACCGCCCUCCUCCCACAACGCAUACACACAGCAUGCCAUGAAAGACAUUGUCUAAUUAAUUAUUUCUGAAUAUCUACAUAUUUAUGUACGUAUUUUUUGCGCUUACUCUGCCAUUUCAAUGACCUUUAAACCCCAGCCAGUGAAGAGUCAGUGGAGCACAUCAAGCCAAACAUACCCGGCGACGAUGUAUCACGAAAAAACUAUGACGUAGCACAACUCCAUAGACUUGUUGUUUGUAUUCCCUCGUUUAUUGUGUCUGCAACUGGCAACAACAAAAUUCGAAAGCUCCACUUCAAACUAUAAAAUGAAAGUUGAGUAAUAAAUGCCAGGUACUACUUGUAUUUGUAUACGCGUAUAUACCCGUACGUAUGCUGGUGUCGCCGAUAAGAUACAAUUUGUAUCUGUCAAGUGAAGUGUGUGCGUAUGUGAAGUAUGGUGUGAAGAGAAGUGCUUUUUAUCUUGACACUGAGAAAAUUGAAAUGGGACCAAAGCUACGUUUGUUUAUUUUCAUUAACAAAUGUCACGAGAAAUCCACAAAUAAAAAUGUGUGUACAUUUGGAAAAUUGAGGACAAUGUUGGCUAGCAUAAAAGAAAGCACUGCUGGUGGCUAAGCAUAAUAAGAAUACAUACAUACUUGUACAUACAAGUAUAUGAAUAGUUGUAUAAUUUUUGAAGACCUAAAAGCUUAGAAGCACAGCAGCAACAAUAGGCAUCACAAUGACAACAAUAUGUUAUUCAAAGUUUUUUAUGUGAUUAAAAAAUGUGACAACCGCAACUAGUAAAGUGAACCCCAGAGCAAACGGCAGCCUCAACAGCAGCCACAAAUUAUGAGCAAUAAAAUGAUAAAUCCGACAACAACCACAUCAAAAACAACAUCUACAAACCAGCGCAAACAGCAACAACAAAAAGAAGCCAACAUGAUUUUAUGAUAUAGCCGGCAAAUAGUACAACUACAAAAAUAACGUUGCUUCGAAAACAAAACUUUGCAACGCAUAGAAACGAAAAAAGAAACAAUAAGAACAGCAUCGUCAAAUAGAAACAUACUCCGAGUGUAUUGUGAACAAAAUGGCGGAGAGUGAAGACACCAGCGGCAGCGCGAAAUUGGCCAAAACCACCUCCUCGCCAACCGCCUUGAACCUUGUAACGAAACGUUCCACUCCAACGCUGGCGCAACUGGGCAGACAGAGCUCUCUGAACCCACGACAAAGCCAGCUCUAUGAUAGCGGAGCCGAGAGCGGAGAUGAGCAGACGCGACUCAUUCGCACACCUUCGACGCGUACGCACAAGUUCAUAAUAAUACCGGCCACGCCCAGCGCGACAACAGGCGAAUCGAUGGGGGCGGCAGCAGGUUCCGGAGGGUUGCCUUUUCGGCAAGCCACAUCGACUACAUCGUUGGGCGCCAUGGCAGCGGCGCUGCAUAAGCAGCCGUCCACAAUGCAGGCGAAACUCAAAUCACGCCCAACAUCGGAAGUGAUACAACCUCUGCAGUUGGCACAGCAUCAACAGUCGCCCCAUACCCUGCCCACAGCAGCCGCAUCCACUACAACGGUUACCUUCACAAUUGAUGAUUGCGACGAGGGUGAGUUAGCAACAGCCCCACCAUCAUUAUCAACAGCAGAAACCACCGCAACGACAGCCUCCAUCGGCUCACAUUUCGCACCCGCCAUCAAGCCCACACCCGCCACACUUUCCUGUGCGACGACCACCACAACAGCUGGCGAUUAUAUGGCCAAUUCACCGAUGAACAUGGCAGCGCGCAUCGGCAGCCGCAGCGGCAGCAUGCGAUCCGUAGUGUCAGCCUAUAGCAAUAGCAAUAUUACCAGUCCAGUCGUCGCUUCCAGCUUACAGACGCAUCACCCCCUCUAUAUGCAACCAGAAGCUACACUUAGCGCAAGCAGUUCCUAUCAAUUUCACGAUUUGGCCGGCAAUCAAAUCUACUCUGAUGUCACGUCCGUGCGUUCUCUGGCAUCGAUUGGUAUUGGCUCGACAGAUGGACGAAAGUUGGUCAUACGACGUGUACCCACCACAGCCAAUGAGCUAUUCGACAUGGUCAAUCCGCAGACUCCGCCGCCCCUCGGUCUCGAUGACGAUGACAGCUAUAUGGACAUGUCGGACGAGGCUGCCAAUUUAAAACCACGCCAGCAGCAUUGGGCAAAUAAAAUGCAAUUCGUCUUGGCCUGCAUCGGUUAUUCAGUGGGUCUGGGCAAUGUCUGGCGAUUUCCCUACAUGUGCUACAAAAGUGGUGGUGGUGUUUUUCUAGUACCUUAUUGCAUAAUACUUUUCAUAUGCAGCAUACCAUUGCUUUUUAUGGAACUAUCUGUGGGACAGUACACUGGACGAGGUCCCAUUGGCGCCCUGGGUCAGCUAUGCCCAUUAUUUAAGGGAGCUGGACUGGCCAGUGUAGUUGUCUCGUUUCUCAUGUCCACCUACUAUAGCGUCAUUAUAGGUUAUUCAAUUUACUAUUUCUUCACAUCGUUCAAAACGGACAUGCCCUGGAUUGAUUGCAACAACAGAUGGAACACGCCGGACUGUUGGGUCCCACAGCCUCGAGGGAACAAUGCUAGUGCGCCGGACACGUCACGCACCCCAUCCGAGGAGUUUUUUGAAAAUAAAGUGCUGCAGAUAAGCCCGGGUCUUGAGUUUCCUGGCCAGAUGCGUUGGGAGCUUUUCGCCUGCCUGAUAUGUGCCUGGUUAAUGGUCUAUUUUGCCACUUGGAAGUCAAUUAAAUCCUCGGCAAAGGUGCGAUAUUUCACAGCCACCUUUCCUUUUGUGCUCAUCAUCAUACUCAUGGGUCGCGCAGUGACAUUGGAUGGCGCUGCCGAAGGCCUGCGAUUCUUCUUCCGACCCAACUGGUCAGAGCUAAAAAAUGCCAAUGUCUGGAUCAAUGCUGCAUCCCAGAACUUCAAUUCUCUUGGCAUCACCUUCGGAUCGAUGAUCUCUUUUGCCAGCUACAACAAGUACAACAACAAUAUUCUUCGAGACACGGUGGCGGUGAGCGCAGUUAACAUGAUCACCAGCUUACUUGUGGGAAUAUUUGCAUUCUCGACUCUGGGAAAUCUUGCUCUGGAGCAAAAUACAAAUGUGCGCGAUGUGAUUGGUGAUGGGCCGGGCAUGAUUUUCGUUGUCUAUCCACAAGCCAUGGCCAAGAUGCCAUAUGCACAGCUUUGGGCAGUAAUGUUCUUCUUUAUGCUCUUGUGUUUAGGCCUUAAUUCGCAGUUUGCCAUAGUCGAAGUUGUGGUCACCUCCAUACAAGAUGGUUUUCCGCGCUGGAUCAAACGUCAUUUGGGCUAUCAUGAAAUCGUAGUUCUCUUUGUCUGCGUUAUCUCGUGUCUCUUUGGUCUGCCAAAUAUCAUACAGGGAGGCAUAUACUAUUUCCAGCUAAUGGACCACUACGCCGCCUCUGUCACAAUUAUGUUUCUCGCUUUCUGUCAGAUGAUAGCUAUUGCCUGGUUCUAUGGCACUGACCGAUUGUCGAAGAAUGUUAAACAAAUGACCGGAAAGGCACCCUCCUUCUACCUGAAGUCCUGCUGGUUAGUGCUGGGGCCCUGUUUACUCUUCGCAAUUUGGGUGUUGAGUUUGAUAAACUACCAUGAACCUACGUACCACAAUGGUCGCUACACAUACCCUGAUUGGGCUUAUGGCAUUGGGUGGAUGUUUGCAUCAUUAUCCUUAAUAUGCAUACCAGGUUAUGGACUAAUCAAUUUUGCUCGGGCGAGCGGCAACACUUUCUGGGAGCGCGUCAAGAACGCUCUGCGUCCGAAUAUUUACGAAUGCAAAAUCUGCGGUGAGCAUCACUGCGAACACGAUUAUCACGAACAGGAGCAAUACAUGCUGACGCAGGAGCUUGCGCAGAUGUACAAGCCAAAGUCUACGCACCUGCAGCUCAGUCAGAAAUCAGGUUACAAUCCCAUGCAUGCUGCCAAGGCUGCCGAGCACGGAUUACACACGGAAUACACAUAUCAGUCGAAGCACGAAUCACAGCUAGCUGCAGAGCAGCAGAAAGCGGUUUAAAGUGCAAUUAUUGCUCGUGCACAGAUAGUUUUUAGUUUCGGUUCAAAUGCAAAAUUUUAAUUUUUAAUUAAUAAUUUGUUGUAAUAUGCGAGCAAUUAUAACACAAUUUCAAUAAAUAAUAAUACAAAUAAUUUUAAA